AAUCAUUCUCUUUCUCUCUCUACAUUCUCUCUCACUAACUCAAAUAUUUCUUUCCCAUCAACCCAGAGACGUCGCCACCUGCUCUUUGUCUGUUAACUCUUUGUUUCAGCCAUAUUCCUUUGUGCUAACAGAAAAAUUUAAAAAUGCAAACGAACUGUGAGAAAAUAAUGGAAUGGACACCACAGAUAGAUGAUGAUAAAAGCUUGAUGGUCUCAUCAGCGAGUAAAUUAAUGGAGAAAAGGGGCCAAGAUUUAUCACAACCACAACAAAACCAGCAGCAGCAGCAGCAGCUUCAGCAAGCUCUUAAGUGUCCUCGUUGUGACUCUUCCAACACUAAAUUCUGCUACUACAACAACUACAGCUUGUCUCAGCCCAGACAUUUUUGUAAAGCUUGUAAACGGUACUGGACUAGAGGUGGAACUUUGAGGAAUGUUCCGGUUGGUGGCGGUUGCCGGAAGAACAAACGAGUGAAACGGCCAUCUUCUUGUUCAUCUUCUGGCGGCGGCGGUGACGGUACUAAUAAUAAUACUGCAAAUUCUACUGCAAACCCUAAUCAUAUUACUUCUUCUUCAAGUCAUAUUAGUCAUUUGCUUUAUGGGUUAACCACUGGCACUAACCCUAACUCAAACUCAAACCUAAACCCUAACUCAUCUGAGAUGAAUCAGCAUCUCCCGUUUACUGGAAGGUUCGGUUCGAGAUCAGUAGAGAAUAUGCCUGGGUAUCAAGAUCUUGCAUUAGGGUUUGCAAAUCAAGAUUCGGUCACUUCAAGUUCACUACUCUCUAAUUAUGGAUCUUCCAUAUAUGGCUCUUCAUCUACUGCUCCGACUAUAGCAAACCUACUUGCCUCUAGCUUCCACCAGCAAAACAAGUUCGGUAUCAAAGACGGUAUCGGAGCGCCGAGCCAGUUUCAAUCUUUCGAAGAUUUGCAAAUGAGCUGCAAUAACAGUACUGAAUCUGGGAAUUUUGGUAUGAAAGAAGUGAAAAAUGAGCAAGAACAACAAAGGCGGUUGAAUUGGAAUAAUAUGUCAUACCAAAAUCAGAUAGAGCAAAUGGGGUUCUCAUCAUCAGAGCCUUCACUUUAUUGGAACCCUAAUAACACAGCCAGUGUCGGUGGAUAUGGCAUGAUCCAGCCAAUUCUUGAUCCUCAGUCACUUCUCUGAUCUACUAGCACCAACUGAAAAAACUGUUUCUUUCAAAAAAUUCUCCCUCCUUUUCUUUUAAAUAAUCUUGAUCUCUCUAGUUAGUAUUUUUCAUAAUCUUUUUGCUGAUUAAUUCUGUUUGUAGUGGAGUUUAUGAGUGAAGUAGUGGUGGGAUUCAAAAUCAAGAAAUUGGACAAAAUGGAAAAAUGAAGCAUAAUUAAAGAUGAGAGGAGUUUGGAUCGGAGAGAUCAUGUCAGCUGCAAGAAAUCAGCCGAUAAUUUUUAUGUCAAAGGUUGAUCAGAAUCCGUAUUUGCGCUGAGAGGAACCUCGGAUCCUUUUUCAAUCUCAUCAACAUCAUUAUCUACAGAGUGUGGAGAAAAAAAGAUCAACUGUUUUGGUGCAACUUUUCUUGUGUAUCAUCAGUAAGUUGAUCAUUUACUUUAGUAUAUGUAUAUAUAAUUAUGCAUGACAUGUACUUUUUUUAUUAUUAGGUUGGGGAUUUGGGGGCACAUAUGUUACAAUUAGUCAUCCUCUAUGAGGAACUGAUGAAUUUUUUUCUACUUGUUUUUGAAUUUGAUACUUUUUGGGGGUUGGGUAUAAUUAAGUGGUAUAGAGAAGAGGGAGAUUGGUUUUGUAAUGUGGGUAUUUUUUGUUUAUGUUGUUUUGGUUAUUGGGGUUCAAUUUUCUUGGUUAUAUGUUGUUGACUUCUUUAAUUUGUAUUUUAUGUUAUUGGUAAGGAAAUUAUGGAUUUGGGACUGACAAA